GCGCGGCCCGGCGGUCGGAGGUCGGCGGAGAGGAGCCGGAGGGGAUGGCGCUGGAGCCGAUGGCGCCGGAGGGCGUGACCGAGUCGUUCGUGGACGCCAUCAAGGUGUUUCACGGCUCGCUGAGCUGCUGCCGGCUGGGCCAUGCGGGAGGGACGGCGUGCUGCGACAAGGAGGAGCUCAUGCUGCCGAUGCUCGGGCUGUACGCGGAGAUCUACGCCAAGCGCGACGGCGCCUGCAAGCGCAUCAACGACGCGAUCGAGGGGCAUCUGGACGAGAUCUUCCCGCGCACCUUUGAGUACUGCGCAAACGGCACCACAGUGCAGAAGCUCCUCUUUGGGGACCUCGUCACCGUGCUGCGGCACGACAUCGACCAGGCGGUGGCGGGCGGCCGCACGGGUCGGCCUCUGCAGAUUGGCAAGCUGCAGCAGGGGACGAGCAAGGCGGCCGACGCGCCGAUCCCGCACGGCACCAAGCACGGCAGCAAGCACGCGAGCGCGGGGCCGCGGCACGGCGUCGGUGGCGUCAAGCACGGCCUCGCCACCAACAAGUCGUGGCUGCUGCGUCGCUCGAGCAUGAGCAGCCGAUGGUCGGUGGGCGCCUCGCCAGACGUCCGGCCGGUGGGCUCCAUCCUCGACGAGGGCAGGCUCGCGCAGCUGCGGCGCGCCGCCGGCUCGGGUCGCCUCGACGGCGCCGACGCGACCAGCCAGUCCUCGGAUCGCUCGACCGACGGCGAGGCGGAGGCGGAGCCCAAGGACGAGGCGGCCAAGCUGCCCAAGCCGCCCCCGCUGGAGCAGGAGGUGGUCUAGAGCCGAGGCGCGCCGCCACUUGCGAGCCUUGGCCCGUGGUGCCGCCACGCCCUCCUGCUCCCCGCAUGCGUCCUGCGACGGCCCCUUUUCCGGUUUUCGGCUGCGGAGGGGCUGCCCCUCCCCUCUGCCGUCCGCCUUUCGAUUUUCUUCCGCAUGCCCCGGACCCGCUCCCCGACCGCGCCGCGGUCUCCUCGCUCACUCACACACAUCAUUCGUCGCUCACAGCAGCUUCACCGUAGACAGUAGAUGUCGUAUUCAGAUGUCGUAUUCAGUUAGUGACAGUGCCGCCCAGUUGCAGUUCUUCUUGUCAGAAGGGGGGGGCGGGGGUUGAACCGCGACACACACUGUGACACACUCUCACUAUGUGGUGUGUAGUAUAUGGUAGUUGGUACCCCUUCCCCCGUGUUGUUGUGUCAGAUGAUUUAUGUCCUCCCCCUCCUUUUCCGUUUUAUUUUGUUCGCGCUCUCGC